CAGGCAGGCAGGCCACCACGCGCGCGCCCUCCCUCCCUCCUCUCCAACCCCUCUCCUCCUCCCGUUCCCUCCCCCUCCCUCGCGCCGCGCGGAAGGCCAAGCGGGAGAAGGAGGCUUGGAGAUUUUCGCGGAACCCCCACCCUCACCCCCCUACCUCCCAUCAAGGUUUCACCACCACCACCCGUCCUCCACCAGCCUCCCCCGCAUCGCCGCACCAACAAUCCCAGUCGAGUCAUCCGCCCACCCCCACCCCACCCCACCGCCGCCGCAUUCGCAGGCGUCCGCCCCCCGCGUCCGCCGCAGAGUCGCCAAUCCCCUCCCGAGAGCCCCCGCCCCGUCGGCUCCCGCCGGCGCCGGUGGGUGGGGAUUCCGGUCCCGUGUUUAUUGCUCUGAUUCGGGCCCGGAUUCUCCCCGGAUUGCGUUUCCUUUGAUGGGGCCGCCGCCGCCGCUGCUCCGGCUCGGGGUCUGAUUCUGAUUCUGAUUCGGGCGGAAGGUAGAGAUUGUCGUCUUUUUAUUGAGCGCCCCCUGCCCUGGUUUCUCUGCCGCUAUUGGAUUGAUUUGGGAUCCGCGAUCGAGAUUGCUCCGUGAAGUUUUUGGUCCUAGGGAUAUUUUUUGACUGGCCCGGAUCAGGAAUAGAGGGUUCUCUUGCUGGGGGGAGGGAGAUCUAGGGUUGCGUCUUCUAUAGUUCUCUUUGUGCAUGUGCAUACUCCAUAGAAAAAAACACCAAAAAAAAGAGGGGGUGAGGAGGAGGAGUUGGAGGAGCAGGAGGAGGAGGAUUGGAGCGCAGGGGAAUUUGGAGGUUAUUAUGGCGCUGAAUUAUCCGUCGUGCUCAUUCUUGGUGAGCGACGAGUGCUCUGCCCUGAUGAGGGGGUGUGGAUGCUGGUCGGAGGAGGCCUCACCCCUCUCGUCCCCAGGGGUCAACUCCAGGCGCUGGGAUGAUUUCGAGCCCGACCCUGCGGAUCUAUUGCCUGCGGAUCCCUUCGGGAUGAACUUGGGGAACACCAUCACUGCAGCCAUCGCCAGUUGCCUCGACCUCACGGUCAUGUCUGGUGCAGGGCGUUUUGGAAGCAGUGACGGUGGCACGGCCGACUUGAGUUUUUACCUGAAUCAUGCUAUUGCCGUCUCCCGGGGGCCAUCAUCUUACCUCCCGGGUGGCUUCGGGCGUGCUUUUGAGGGGCCCUUUGUGUUUGGAGGCCUUUAUGAGGCCGGAGGCGCCAACUGCUGUCAAGGGUUGCCUCCCCUUGUGUCCUGCUCACGCUCAAUUGUACCUGGAGAGGAUCCAUCUACUUCUGGCAGUGCUGCAUUGUUGUGCCGUGAUGGAGUUGAUGCCAUGGGAGCGUCCUGCUCACGCCCAAUUGUACCUGGAGAGGAUCCAUCUACUUCUGGCAGUGCUGCAUUGUUGUGCUGUGAAGGAGUUGAUGCCGUGGGAGCGUCCUGCUCACGGCCAAUUGUACCUGGAGAGGAUCCAUCUACUUCUUGCAGUGCUGCAUUGGUGUGCCGUGAUGGAGUUGAUGCCGUAGGGGCGUCAUGCUCACGGCCAAUUGUACCCGUAGAGGAUCCAUCUCCUUCUGGCAGUGCUGCAUUGGUGUGCUGUGAUGGAGUUGAUGCUGUGGGAAGUGCACCACAUGACGGGAUGAUGUACGCUCUUGCCUAUCUUGGGCUUCGUGACAUCCUAGCUACAGAGAUGGUGUGCAAGUCUUUGCAUUCGUGGAUCCGCAGCGAGUUAUCGUGGAAGUGUAUCCACAUUGAACCGGUAUUGAGCGGGAAGAUCUCUGAUCCUGAUCUUCUAUUUCUGACACAGAAGAUUCCAGGUGAUUUGCAGUGUCUAAAUAUAAAUGACUGCAUAAAUAUCACCGACAAUGGUUUGAAUGCUGUUCUCCAAAGCAAUCCGACGUUAACAAAGUUGAGUAUUGCACGCUGCCCGCGGUUAACUUUGGAUGGCCUUAUUGCCAAUCUAAAGUCAUUUAAUAUGAAAGCAGUGUCGGGUAUUAAGAGCCUCAGAAUUGACAAAAACUUCAAUUUACCAAAAGAGGAUUAUGAGGAGUUAUUAUCCUUGUUGAGCAUCGACAAGAGACAGGAGUUGCACAACCGGGCUCCGCGAUUCCGUCAUUCUAAUCAUUUUUUAUUAGAUUGCAAUGACGGAUAUGCUCUUGAUAUUGAGAUGUGCCCCAUCUGUCAAAGUUACAAACUUGUUUUUGACUGCCCUGAAGUGGAGUGCAGUGACAAGAGAUCUGGCAAAUGCCGAGCAUGUGAGGUUUGCAUCAAGAGAUGCCGGCAGUGUGGAAGGUGCUUAGAACGAAAUGAGAAGUUUGAAGAGAAAUUUGAUCUGGUCUACCUUUGCUACAAGUGUCGAGGCGAUCCGGCUUCACCAUCUCUCGGUGUGGAAAAGGAUCUGGUCUCCAUUUUAUCCAGUGGAAGAAUACCUUCUCCUUGACCAUGGAGGAGCAACAGUCCAUGUCCAGCCAUUCAGCCAUCUUUCUUAGCAUUACUGAUGAAGGAAAAAAAAAAGAAAAAAAAAUAUAGUUUGCUAUUCAUGAAGGUGUGUGGUCGUUUGACAGAUGGUACAUUUGCUUGCAAGAAAAACAAAAAAAGAUGUUACUAAUUCCAGCAGAAAUAAAGGGAUGAUUCCCACUAUUACAGCCUCACCAGCGACAACGAGGGAUGUUUCUUCAUGGAGUUUGCAGUUCAAGAGUGUAUAGGUAGAGGGUGUGGUUGGUGUCGGUGUGUUGCUUGAUGCUGCAUCUUCCUGUGAAGAAGACUGAAGAUGAACUUAUUCCUUGGCUUCCAAGUAUAUUAUAUCUGUAUAUGCGUGACAUUGUAAUAGUUUGUCCUGGAUACGUCUUGUCGUAUGACUUGGUAACUUGUUUCAUAGAAAUAAAUAAAUCAAUGACUUCUAACUA